UGACAUGUGUUAGUGUAGCAUUUACUUUGCAUGAGAUAACUUGCAGUACGAGCUGAACCUGGUGGCCUCGGACAGCCUCAACGAGCAGUCGACCACGGUGGUUAUCCACGUCAACGACGUCAACGACCUCCCGCCGGUCUUCAACUCCUCCACCUACAGGACCACCAUGGAGGAGGAGCUCGGAGAGCCCCACCCCGUGCGCCUCCUCAAGGUGACAGCGACAGAUGGUGACAAGGACAGACCCCAAAACAUUGUCUAUUUCUUGACGGGUCAGGGUAUUGACCCAGAUAACCCUGCAAACAGCAAGUUCGAUAUUAACAGAACAACAGGAGAAAUAUUUGUGCUCAAGCCUCUAGAUCGUGAUCAACCAAAUGGACGACCUCAGUGGAGGUUCACAGUUUUUGCACAAGAUGAAGGUGGUGAAGGUCUGGUGGGUUACGCAGAUGUGCAAGUUAAUCUAAAAGAUAUUAACGAUAAUGCUCCCCUUUUCCCACAAGGAGUUUAUUUUGGCAAUGUUACUGAAAAUGGAACAGCUGGAAUGGUGGUUAUGACUAUGACUGCUGUAGACUACGAUGACCCACAAGAAAGCACAAAUGCCAGAUUGGUAUAUUCAAUAGAAAAAAAUGUAAUAGAAGAGGAAACUGGAUCUCCAAUCUUUGAAAUAGAAUCAGAUACAGGAGUUAUAAAAACCGCUGUAUGCUGCUUAGACAGGGAAAGAACUCCUGACUACUCGAUACAAGUAGUUGCGAUGGAUGGAGGAGGGUUGAAAGGAACGGGAACGGCAUCGAUACGAGUAAAAGAUAUCAACGAUAUGCCGCCUAUGUUUACGAAAGAUGAAUGGUUCACAGAAGUUGAUGAAACUGACGGAGUUAACCUUCCUGAAACACCAAUUCUUACUGUUACUGUGCAUGAUGAAGAUGAAACGAACAAGUUUCAAUAUAAGGUCAUUGAGAACAGUGGUUAUGGAGCAGACAAAUUCACCAUGGUUAGGAACAACGAUGGAACUGGUUCUUUGAAGAUUGUACAGCCACUUGACUAUGAAGACCAGCUUCAAAGUAAUGGCUUCAGGUUCAGGAUACAAGUCAAUGAUAAAGGUGAAGAUAAUGACAACGAUAAAUAUCAUGUCGCAUAUUCUUGGGUUGUUGUUAAACUAAGGGACAUAAACGAUAAUAAACCUCAGUUUGAAAGACCUAAUAUUGAGGUGUCAGUUUAUGAAAAUGCUGAAGUUGGUAAAGCAUUGGAAACUUUCAAAGCAAGUGAUCCUGAUCAAGGUGGAAAAAGUAGAGUUUCAUUUGGUAUUGACCGAGCCUCAGAUAGAAGGAGGCAGUUCUUAAUCAGUCAAGAGGGAACAGUUACGAUACAGAGGCAACUUGAUAGAGAAGAAACGCCAAGGCAUCAGGUUAAAAUAUUGGCGAUUGAUGAUGGAGUACCUCCUAAAACAGCAACGGCCACUCUUACAGUCAUUGUUCAAGACAUAAAUGAUAACGCACCUAUGUUUUUGAAAGAAUAUCGUCCUGUUCUUCCUGAGCAUGUUCCACCAAGAAAAGUAGUAGAAGUUUUGGCUACUGAUGAUGACGAUCGAUCCAAAUCGAAUGGUCCCCCAUUUACCUUCAGAAUGGAUCCUAAUGCAGACGAUAUUAUCAGAGCUUCUUUUAAAGUUGAGCAUGAUCAAAAGGGUGCCAAUGGAGAUGGGAUGGCUGUUGUAUCAUCAUUGAGGUCCUUUGACAGGGAACAACAAAAAGAAUAUGCAAUUCCUAUAGUUAUAAAAGAUUCCGGAAACCCUGCUAUGUCAGCUACGAGUACCCUUACAGUAGUGAUUGGCGAUGUAAAUGAUAACAAAAUGCAACCUGGCUCAAAAGAUAUUUUUGUAUAUAAUUAUAUGGGACAGGCACCUGACACCGAGAUAGGAAGGGUUUAUGUAUAUGACCUUGAUGAUUGGGAUCUGCCCGACAAGAAGUUUUAUUGGGAAAGUUCAGAUCAUCCAAAAUUUAAACUGAAUGAGGAUACCGGAAUGAUAACUAUGAGACAUGGCACAAGAUCUGGAAGAUAUCACCUUAGGUUCAAGGUUUAUGAUCGUAAACACACACAAACAGACAUUCCAGCAAAUGUAACCGUAACUGUUAAAGAUAUACCUCAUGAAGCAGUUGUUAAGUCUGGAUCAAUGAGGAUAGCUGGAAUCUCUGAUGAAGAUUUUAUUAGAAUAUGGAAUUACCGGCCUCAGAGAAUAGUCCAGAGUAAAUUGGACAAAUUGCGAGAAAAAUUAGCUGAUCUUUUAAAUAUAGAGAAGGAAAAUGUGGACAUAUUUUCUGUUCAGUUGCGUAAAAGAUAUCCUCCAGUGACUGAUGUCAGAUUUUCUGCCCAUGGUUCUCCUUAUUAUAAACCAGUCAAACUAAAUGGUAUUGUUUUGAUGAACAGAGAAGAUAUUGAAAAAGAAGUUGGCAUUAACAUUACUAUGGUAGGAAUUGAUGAAUGUCUUUAUGAAAAUCAAAAUUGUGAAGGAAGUUGCACUAACUCACUUGAUAUAUCACAUCUCCCUUAUAUGGUUAAUGCAAAUAAAACAGCUUUAGUAGGUGUAAGAAUUGAUGUCCUCCCUGAAUGCACUUGUGGUGCUAGAAAUUUCACCAGAGGUGAGUCAUGCAGAACAAGCCCUUGUCUAAAUGGUGGGAGGUGCAUUGAAGGAAGAUAUGGUUUAAGUUGCAACUGUCCAAAUGGAUAUACAGGACCUCGUUGCCAACAGACAUCAAGGAGUUUUCGAGGAAGUGGUUGGGCAUGGUACCCUCCUCUUGAAAUGUGUGACAAUUCCCAUCUUUCACUUGAAUUUAUUACAAGAAAACCUGACGGGCAGCUAAUAUACAAUGGACCAAUUGUUUCUCCAGAGCCAGAGGAAAUUAUGAUUUCAGAUUUUAUAUCAUUAGAACUGGACCGAGGGCAUCCUCGAUUGCUCAUUGAUUUUGGCUCAGGAACACUAGAAUUAAGGGUUAAAACCAAGAAAACUUUGGAUGAUGGAGAGUGGCAUAGAAUUGAUGUUUUUUGGACAACCGAAACAGCACGACUGAUAGUUGACUCUUGCAGGUCUGCUGAAAUAUCUGAAUUAGAGGAUGGUACUCCACCAGAAUUCGAUGGCUCAUCAUGUAUGGCCGAGGGUAACAUUCCACCAUUUGCUGAAUACCUCAACGUAAAUGCACCACUUCAAGUUGGAGGAAGAUACGUCAUUGAAUUUGAUCCGACAAGAUAUCAUUGGGUAGCUGUGCCAUAUGGUAAAGGUUUCGAUGGCUGCAUAAAAAAUAUAUUCCAUAAUAGCAAGCUGUACGACUUGGCACAUCCUGGUUUAUCUAGAAACUCUAUAGCUGGUUGCCCACAAACUGAAGAAGUAUGUGCCUCUCAAGAUUCAACAUUCAGGUGUUGGGAGCAUGGAACAUGCGCUGGUUCAUUUACUGAAGCUCGUUGCCACUGUAUGCCUGGUUGGUCUGGACCUUCAUGUACAAUACCAACUGUGCCAGCCACAUUCAAGCCGCAAUCCUAUGUCAAAUACGCUCUUUCAUUUGAACCUGAUAGAUUUUCAACUCAGCUUCAGCUCCGAUUCAGAACAAGAGAGGAACAUGGAGAGCUUUUCCGAGCCUCAGAUCAACACAAUAGAGAAUAUGCCAUACUUGAGAUCAAAGAAAGCAAGCUGCACUUCAGGUACAAUCUGAACAGUUUGAGAACCGAAGAAAAAGAUAUUUGGUUGAGUGCUAUUACUGUAGAUGAUGGCCAGUGGCAUACUGUAAAGGUGUCUAGGUAUGGAUCCGCUGCAACACUUGAAUUAGAUGGCGGUGAAGGAAGACGUUACAAUGAAUCUUUUGAGUUCGAGGGUCAUCAGUGGCUCAUCGUGGAUAAGCAGGAAGGUGUCUAUGCCGGAGGGAAGGCUGAAUAUACAGGUGUCAGGACAUUUGAGGUUUAUGCUGACUAUCAGAAAGGUUGCCUUGAUGACAUCCGACUCGAAGGCAAAUCGUUACCAUUACCUCCAACUAUGAAUGGUACCCAGUGGGGACAAGCCACUAUGACAAGGAACUUGGAAAGAAAUUGCCCUUCAAACAAGCCCUGUGCUAAUGUUAUCUGCCCCGAACCGUUUGAGUGUGUCGAUCUAUGGAAUGAAUAUGAAUGCACCUGUGGAGAGGGUAGAAUUGUUUCUGCCGAUGGCAAGGGCUGCUCAGACAAAAAUGAGUGCCUUGAAUCACCUUGUCGAAACGGUGGGACAUGUAUAAACCAAGAUCCAAGGCUUCGCUAUAGGUGCGAAUGCCUCGAUGGCUACUGGGGAGAGAAUUGUGAACUGCUCCAAGAGGGUCAAACCCUACGCCUUGGAAUGGGAGCGUUGGCAGCAAUUCUUGUCUGCCUCCUCAUUAUUUUAAUUCUUGUACUGGUAUUUGUUGUAUAUAAUCGACGUCGAGAAUCACAUAUCAAAUACCCAGGUCCAGAUGAUGAUGUUCGAGAAAACAUUAUUAAUUAUGAUGAUGAAGGUGGCGGAGAAGAUGAUAUGACUGCUUUUGAUAUUACCCCUCUACAGAUACCGAUAGGUGGCCCUCAUCCUACUGAACUUGUUCCGAAAAUUCCCUAUGCUAUGGUUGGAGGAGAACCGAAUGUUGGUCUUUUCAUUGAAGAACAUAAGAAGAGAGCUGAUGCAGAUCCGAAUGCUCCUCCUUUUGAUGAUCUUAGAAAUUAUGCUUAUGAAGGUGGCGGCAGCACUGCAGGCUCACUUUCAUCCCUUGCUUCAGGUACUGACGAUGAACAACAGGAAUAUGAUUACCUCGGGGCAUGGGGCCCAAGAUUUGACAAGUUGGCUGAUAUGUAUGGUCAAGAUGGGGAGAGCGAUGAGGAAGAUGACCAGUGA